GGACGGCGUGGGGCGAUGGCGCAUGGGCGUCUGGGAAUUGUAGUCCCCAGGUCGACACUUUGCGGCCUGUCGCGAUGCGUGGUUGGUUGCUGGGCUCCAACGGGCGCCGGCUGCUGGCGGCUGUGGGAGCCGGGGUCCGGAACGGAGCGACCAUGGCUGCGGGCAGCAUGGGGCAGCGGAUGGUCUGGGUGGAUCUGGAGAUGACGGGACUGGACAUAGAGAAGGACCAGAUCAUUGAGAUGGCUUGUCUCAUAACUGAUUCUGAUUUAAACAUUUUGGCUGAGGGUCCCAACCUGAUUAUAAACCAGCCAGAUGAGUUGCUGGAUGGCAUGUCAGAAUGGUGUAAAGAGCAUCAUGGGAAGUCUGGCCUUACUAAGGCAGUGAAAGAAAGUACAAUUUCAUUGCAGCAAGCAGAGUAUGAAUUUCUGUCAUUUGUACGACAGCAAACACCCCCUGGCCUCUGUCCUCUUGCAGGAAACUCUGUACAUGCAGAUAAGAAGUUUCUUGACAAAUAUAUGCCUCAGUUCAUGAGGCAUGUUCAUUACAGGAUAAUUGAUGUGAGCACUGUCAAAGAACUUUGCAGGCGCUGGUAUUCAGAAGAAUUUGAAUUUGCACCAAAGAAGGUGGCUUCUCACAGAGCACUGGAUGACAUCAGGGAAAGCAUCAAAGAACUUCAGUUCUACAGAAAUAGCAUCUUCAAGAAGAAAACAGAUGAAAAGAAAAGAAAAUUAAUAGAAAAUGGAGAAAGUGAUAAAACUGUGAGCUGAUCUUCCAUUUCACAAUGCCAUCCCAUAGUAUCCACUGGAUGUAUCUCCUGAUAUUCUUCUGUUCACCAGUGUUUAAGGAAGAGGCUUCUUUCAGUUACCUUGUUUCUUAACUGUUGUUAAAGCACACAGAAGUCUGAAUUACUGCUACUUUCCUAUGUUUGAGCUGUGAAUCUGCCAUUUAAAUCUCAGCAGCUCCUUUGUUUGUAUUUAUCAGGUCACUUUUGCUCUUUAAUACGUCUCUUAGUUUAGUUCUAGAUGCACUUUUUUUGUUACAAAAAUAAAACCAAUCCUGUUGAAAGA